AUGGCAACCAACGGAGACUCUCCUAAUCCUUUCAACCUACCUUUCGCGAAUAGUGCCCUACGAACUCACCAUUCCUCAAGUUCAACCGAUACCUUUACAGACUCCACCCGACAGGCUUUACUAGCCAGCAUGGCCCAACCCACCGGUUUCAACCACCGCAAAUAUUCUCAGCCAGCUAGCGGCAUGCUUCACUGCCGUGACCUCUUUUUGCGCUCUUCCAGCUUCAACAGUUCCAGCCCGCUGCCCAGCACUUCCGAUAUGCAGCGUUAUAUCUCAGCUUACAUCACCUAUUUCCACCCGCACAUGCCCUUUCUCCAUAUCCCGACCCUCGAUUUCCAAGCCCCCGAGUACACGAAUAAUCUACGAACCCCCAGCGGCCAUCUCAAUCUAAGUUCGACUGGUGUUGCCGGCGGUGGUGGCUGUUUGAUCCUCUCCAUGGCAGCCAUCGGUGCGCUCUACGAAUACGACACCGCGGCCUCCAAAGACCUCUUCGAAGCCGCUAAAAAGAUGAUCCAGCUUUACCUAGAAGAACGUCGGAAAGCAGACAUGUCCGCCGCUUUUAGCCGGGCCAAUUCUGCCCGCGACAACUCGGUCCACAACACUCCACUCUGGUUGGUGCAGGCGAUGCUUUUGAACGUCAUUUACGGCCAUACCUGCGGCGACAAGACCUCCGCUGACAUCGCGAGUACGCACUGUGCAGCCUUAGUCAGCCUUGCUCGAGCCGCAGAGUUGACGCAUCAUCUAGAUGCGAGAGAUCUGCCUCAGGAUUAUCUCAAAGCCGGGCUUGGUAGUAGAGAUAGUUCUCAAGACGCCAGUCCAGAUCCUGAGACCUGGGCCUCCUCCAUGGGCCCACCGAGGGAGCGAAAGGAUUGGUUGGAUUGGAAAAUAGUCGAGGAACGGAAGCGUACUCUUUAUGCCAUCUUCACUCUCUCCUGCUUCCUUGUGUCCGCUUACAACCAUGCUCCUGCGUUGACCAAUUCUGAAAUUCGCCUGGACCUUCCAUGCGAGGAGGAUCUCUGGGCAGCAGAGUCGCCUCAAGCGUGGAGAAAGAAGGGCGGGCCCCUUGCAUCCCAAAAGGGCCUGUCCUUUCCUUCGGCUCUGACGACGCUUUUGACCGCCAGCCAACGGGAGCAAAGUCAAUCGCAGACACCAACCAGCAACAAUACUACAUCGGAAGAUUCUUCAAACAACGAUCUAAAGCCCAGCACGUUUGGCUGCCUCGUGCUGAUCUACGCUCUCCAUAACUACAUUUGGGAGACUCGUCAGCGACACAUGGGCCGACAGUGGACCGCCCGGGAAACCGAUGCCAUGCAAGCACACAUUGAGCCAGCUUUACGGGCGUGGCAGGCUGCUUGGGCGAGCAACCCUGUCCACAGUUUGGAGCGGCCGAAUCCAUUUGGGGCAGGUCCUCUUUCGGCAGAUAGUAUACCAUUGCUAGACCUGGCUUACGUUCGACUGUUUGUUAAUCUAGGUCGCUGCAAAGAAGCCUUCUGGCAACGUGAUUGGAAUGCCAUGUCGGACGAGCUCGCGCGAGGGACUGACAUCGUCAAUCACGUGGAAGAGAUUCCUCCGGAUGUGUUGGAUCCGUCGAUCACGGAAAGCGUCUUUCACAUGGACAACCGUCGUGAUUCAGUGGCAGACCUUGGGGUAGCUGACCUUGCCAUAUCCAAAACUCCUACGCAAGAGCAUCCGAUGCAGACCCUGAUGGGCGUACACCGUCCGGGCCAGUCAAAGCGCGAGAGGCAUUUACGGAAAGCAGCUUUCUAUGCAGCAGACUCAAUCUCUAUGUCAGACCGGCUCGGGAAUACUUUCGCGGAAUUUACAUGCCGAGACUUGCCCAUUCAAUGCGCAAUGUGUACUUUUGACUGCGCGCAAGUCCUUGCCGAGUGGAUUACAACUGUGCAGGAGCGGGUGGGCCCCUACUUGGGGCUGCUAGGGCGGGACGAAGUUGACCUGGUCCAAGCUUCGAGGGUCAUGUUGCUAGAGGAGGAGGAUUGUAAGCUCCUGGAGAAGAUCAAGGAGAUACUCGCCAGUGUUGAAACCAAGAUGCAAGCGGAGGUACAAACCAGUGCGACUGUAUCUACCCUGAGCGUCUUACAACGGCUGCCUAGCGUUGUGGAAGGGGGAUAUGGUUGCAAGAUUCUGAUUGCCACGGCAAGCCUUUUGGACAGGGCUGCUGUCUGGCCAGUCACGAAGCUCAUGGCUCGAUCUCUCGAAGCGCAAGCUAUGCGACUGAAGGAGCGCGCUGAAAAUUCGGCCAUGAGAACGGAUUAA